UUACUUCACUACAAGCUUUUGUUUCUCUUCUUUCUUUCUUUCUGUUGGCCCUCUCCGUCUCCACCCUUCCCCUGAAAGUCCUCUUCUUUCCACUUUCCCACUCCCAGAAAAAGCCUUCUGCGAAGGAAAAGAACCCCACUCAGCGGAAAUCAUGGUCUGCAAUGGAAACCCAUUUGCUCUGUUCAUCACCUUCUUCACCACCUUGUUCCUUUCUCCAGCAUUUCUGGCUACCUUCUCCCAUGCCUCCUCCCAUCUCCACCACCACUCUUUCCCCCCUGCUGGGGCGCCGUCUGUGGAGUUUCCAUGGCGGACGGCGAGGUCGGCACUGGAGAUACCCAGUAGCAAUGACCCAGUUGAAACCUCAACACUUGCGUUAGCAGCUGAACGGACUUACAGAAAAGACCCUCUUGACGGCUUCAAGCGUUACGACCGUGGCUGGAAUAUCAGCGACCGCCAUUAUUGGGCUUCUGUAGGAUUCACGGGAGCGCCACUGUUCGUGGUAGCUUUAAUCUGGUUUCUGGGUUUUGGACUCUGUUUACUACUUGGAUGCCUCUUCCAUUACUGCUGCAAAAGGCAGCUCCAUGGCUACUCUAGGAUCGCUUAUGCCCUCUCUCUCAUUUUCCUCGUCCUCUUCAGCAUUGCUGCUGUAAUUGGGUGUGUUGUGUUGUACAAUGCUCAGGGGAAGUUCCACAAGAGCACCACUAAGACAUUGGACUAUGUUGUAAGCCAGGCGGAUUCCACGAUCGAGAAUUUAAGGAAUGUGUCGGACUAUCUGGCUUCAGCUAAGCUACUUGGAGUUGAUCAAGUUUUCCUGCCUUCGGAUGUACAAACUGACAUUGACCAGAUUGGAGGUAGAAUCAACUCUUCUGCUAGUCUUCUCGAUGAGAAAUCGUCCGAAAAUUCCAGUGAUAUACAAGACCUUCUUGAUUCUGUGAGGCUGGCUCUCAUUGUUGUAGCUGCAAUUAUGCUUGUCUUGACAUUCCUCGGAUUGUGUAAGCUCCUGAAGUUGAUCCUGCUUUCCAGUUGAAUUAUAAUGUCGGAUCAUAGCACAAAUUUACUAACGCCUUCUUUAUUCCGAUGUAUCCAGUGUUUUCGAUCUUUGGCAUGCAAUUGCUGGUACACAUCCUAGUUGUGCUUGGAUGGAUACUAGUUGCAGGCACAUUCAUCUUGUGUGGCAUAUUCCUUCUUCUUCACAAUGUGGCGGGCGAUGCUUGCGUUGCAAUGGAUCAAUGGGUGCAAAAUCCGGCUGCUCACACAGCACUAGACGAGAUCUUGCCCUGUGUAGACACCACAACUGCACUUGAAACCUUGGCAAAGAGCAAGGAAGUGACCUCCCAACUAGCUGAGGUAGUGAACCAGGUGAUCACCAACAUGUCCAACAUCAACUUCUCCCCAAACUUCAAGCCUCUCUACAUCAACCAAUCCGGACCCUUGGUCCCAAUCCUCUGCAACCCAUUUCACGCGGACUUGACUGAUCGCGCCUGCAGCCCUGGCGAAGUCGACCUCAACAAUGCCACACAGGUUUGGAGUGGCUAUGUGUGCCAGGUCUCCGCAGCAGGAAUAUGUGAAACCACGGGUCGAUUGACACCGACUAUAUACAGCCAGAUGGAGGCUGCAGUCAACGUGAGCUAUGGACUGAUCAACUAUGCACCAUUCUUGGUACAGUUGGAAGACUGCUCAUUUGCUAGGCAGACAUUCAGUGAGAUACACAGGGAGCAUUGUCCUGGACUGAGGAAGUACAGCAGGGAGAUAUAUGUAGGGCUGGUGAUAGUCUCCACUGCAGUUAUGUUGUCUUUGAUCUUCUGGGUUAUCUACGGCCGAGAAAGGCGGCACCGGACGGGUGGAAAGCAGGAGCAUGAGCAUCAAGCUGAAGACAGGGCAGCUCAUCAGGAGGUGGUGGAAGAAGGUGGAGAGAUCAAGGAGCACUGAAGGUUUCUUUCCUUUUGGGAGCUUAAUGUGGUGAUGUAUAUUUCAGUAGUAGGGGCAGAUUUGGGUUUGAACGAUUAGAAUUGGGGGAAAUGAUUUUGAUACUUUCCACGGAUUUGUUGGUUGUGGACUUGUGCUGCCCCUGUAAUCAAAUUGGGAUUAGGUCCUUUGGAUUUUAUUUUGCUUGGAAUUAGCUUAAACCAACUUUAGUCUUGCUAGGACAAGGAAAUAGGGGUGUUCAAACGGUGUAGUUAUUAUGGUAACCAUUUUAACCAGUACUAUUUGGAUAAUUUGGUUUGGUUAAUUUAGAUAAUUGGUUUGGUUUGGUUAAA